AUGGUGACCCUUCAGUUCCUGAGUCAUCUGAUGAAUCUAUUCAUAGUAACCCCGCUCAAACAAACGCAUAUGAGCCAUAUUCCCAACAGCAAUCAACAAAUGAUAAUCAAAUUCCUCCACAAAUAUCACCAUCUCCUUAUUAUGUUUCACCAGGCAAUCAGCCACAAGAUAUGCCUUCCCCUUAUUACCAACAGCCUGCUUUGCCACCACAACCUUAUUCCAAUCCAAUUCCUCCACAGCCAGCACCAGAACCUUAUUACGACAGUCCAGCCAAUCCAGUUCCUCCACAACCAGCGCCAGACCCAUAUUAUGAUGAGCCAAUUUCUCCGCCACAGAAAGAAGAAAAUAAUCAAGUUUCUAAUCAAUCAGACAAUGCUCAAAAUUCACCUCAGGCAUCACCAGACUCAGACCCUUACGAAUUGUAAUUAA